AUGGCGCCGGCACCGGAGGAUGCCGGUGAGGAAGUGGAAGAAACUGGCCCAAAGAAAAAGGCCAAGAAGGUGAAGCCCGGGUCUUUCCAAGGCUUGGGCUUGAGCCCUCCCGUCUUCAAAGCCAUCAUGCGCCUGGGCUACAAGGUGCCGACGCCGGUGCAGCGAAGGGCGAUUCCAGUGAUUUUGGAGGGUCAGGAUACGGUAGCCAUGGCCCGCACAGGCUCUGGGAAAACUGCUGCCUUCGUGAUCCCCAUCCUCGAGCGUCUGCAGAAGCACUCGGAGAGCGUGGGCUCUCGGGCCGUGGUCCUUUCUCCCACCCGUGAGCUUGCCUUGCAGACGGCAAAGGCCUGUCGGCAGAUGGCUAAGUUCCUAGACUUGCGCAUUUGCGUGCUGGUGGGCGGCCAAGCUCUUGAGGCCCAGUUCGAGCACUUGGCCAACAAUCCGGAUGUGCUGGUGUGCACACCCGGGAGACUGACGCACCACAUCGCAGAGGCUGAGCUUAGCCUCCAGCGUGUGGAAGUAUUAGUCUUUGAUGAAGCGGACCGACUCUUUGAGUUGGGUUUCGCCGAACAGCUUCAGCAGGUCUUGGAGGCGACGCCCCCCAACCGCCAAGUUCUUCUCUUUUCUGCCACUUUACCUCAACAGCUGGUAGCUUUUUCGCGUGCUGGCAUCAAAGAUCCCGCCUUUGUGCGGCUUGAUGCGGAGACCUCCCUCUCUGAGCAGCUCAGCCUCUGGUACCUCUUCGUCCGACAGGAUGAGAAGCUUGCAGCGGCCAUUGCGGUGCUGCGCCGCUUUCACAACGAGGGUAAGACCACCAUUAUGUUCGUCGCGACAAAGCACCACGUUGAGUUCUUCAACGAGCUACUGCGUCAGCUAGGCCUGUCCGUGGCGGUGGUCUACGGACAGAUGGAUCAAACAGCCCGUCAGGAACAGGUGGCACGUUUCCGGAAGAAAGAGGCUUUGAUCCUGGUGACCACGGACGUUGCGGCACGGGGCGUUGACAUCCCCCUGCUGGACCAUGUGGUGAACUUUGACUUUCCCGCAAGUGCCAAGCUUUUCAUCCACAGGUGUGGGCGGACGGCUCGUGCAGGCCGCAGUGGCCUCGCUGCAUCUUUGGUCACCUUAGACGACCUCCCCUACACUGUGGAGCUCAUGACCUUCUUAGGCCACAAGCUGCGUCUUCCUGCAGAGAGUGCUGAAGGCACAGAGGAUGCGGAAGGGCAGGCAGCACCAGUGCUGGGUGCCAUGCCUUCCGUGGAUCAUGAAGUUGAGGCUCUUGGUGCCUUGCUUGAAGAGGGCUCAUUGCUCCAGAGCUUGCAAAGAUCCAUGCAGGCUUCAUACAAGCUCUACUACAAGACACGGCCUUCAGCCUCUCGUUCGUCUGUUGCUCGGGCUAAGCGGCUUCUUUCGGAUUGUGGCGGCCCCGCGCACCUCCAAAGCCUCAUCCACCCUGCCUUUGCUGCAGGCCUCGGCUCCCAGUCGAAAGCUCAACCCGAAAAAAGUACGCCAACAACGCCUGCAGUCUCUUCCGACCUGGCAUACCUGCGGAACCUUCGGGGCUAUCGGCCAAAGGCUGAGAAGCUUGGCAAUGUGUUGUCCUUCUCCGCCAUGCGCACUAUGGAGCAGGAGAAGUUGGAUGCAGCAGCUAUCCAGUCUAGGGAUACGCAAGAGGCAAUCUUGGCCGAAACCUCAGCCGUUUCUGCCCCACGCCGUGCACAUCCUUCAAAGCGAUCAGCGCCUGCAGCACCCGCGCCGCCUAAGGCGGUGAAGCGUAGCCGCCCACACCUUUCGAAGGCUGCACGGCGACGUCUGAAGGCAGGAGAUGCGGAUGGGCCAGAAGCUGGCGAUGGGGACUUUGACAUCACCAUCAACGAUGGCGGGGAUCCAGAGGCUAAUGGUGGAAAGACGGAGCAGUUCUACCUAAGCACGGAACGCGAUGUAACAGAGGAGGCUCGGGAGCGUGGUUAUGACAUGGAGCAGUACCAGAUGGACCUCUUGCCAGAUGAUGCUUCGGACAUCAAGAAAGCCAAGAGUGUCAUCCGGUGGGAUGCAAAGCGGAAGAAGUACCUGCCCACCAUGGUCUCUGUGGAUGGCCGCGCGCUGAAGGGUCAACGGCGUAAUGAGAGUGGAAAGAAGGUUAAGGGAGAGAAGGAGAAAAGCAAUGCAUACCAAAAAUGGUCCAAGGCUACAAAGCGACGCAUUCAGAAGGUAGGGGAGGUGGAGGAUCCCUCCAACUCCCUGGGAAGACUGAAGAAGUCUGAGUCCAAGACGAUCGACUUCGACGAGAACGCCGCGCCGGUGGAUUCCUCGAACUCCCGAAAACCCAUCGUUCCCUUCCAUGGCAAAGUGAGCCAGGAGCACCUCACGCACAAGCAGAAGAGGGCUUUGAAGAAGCGGGCGAAGUUGGACUCUGUGGCAGAAGGCGCCGGCGCUUCUUCGGAGCUGAAGACUGCCCAGCAGAUUCAGAACGAGAAGAAGCUGCGGGACCGUCAGAAGCUGAAGCAGAAGCCAUGGCUCCGAAAGCAGCGUGCCAAGCAGGCUAAGGAGACGCGCAUGAAGAAGCUGGAGGAGCGGCAGAUGAAGUACGGCGCUCGCACCAAGGCCAAGAUGCUGAUCAUCGAGGGCCCCAAGCGAUGGAACAAGCGGCAGCCGAAGCCACAGACAGGUCAUGGCCGGCGCCAGGGUGGUUUCUGA